AUGAUUUCCAUUAUGUUGUUGUUUUGGGCCAGGGUGAAUGACCAGAGGUUUCUCCUUCAUCAUUUUGAAUGUUCGAACCUUCCACCGCUCCCCUUCCGGCAGGCCUUUGAGUGCGGUACAUCCUCAACCACCUUAGUCAGUGCAGCGCGCUUCUUCCAACAUUCGCGCUACAGGCUGCUACAGAACGGAUGCCUGGCGGAUGCAGCGACCGCCGCUGGGCGGGUGCUGCUGCGGUCACAGCUCUUGCACUUGCACGGCCAGUUGCAGCCACUGGUGCAAUACGAGCUUCGGACCUGGCUUGAAGAGGUGGGACCUCAUUCGGUGGUGGUGGGCCACACCAUCUCUGAGCGGCCAGACGGAGAAGCACCGGUGGACCUUUGUCAUGCUUGGGCCACCUUGGUCUUCGUGGACGCUCACGGCUUGGUGAUGGAUGUCCCGAAGGGAAGCCAGUUAAAGGAGCUCGCGAUGCCCUCGCGGGACACCCAACACGGCGCUCCAUUGGUCAGAUCUCUUGAAGACCCAAAGGAUCGUAUCGGAGAAGUCCCAGUGAAUUGCUGGUCUCACCAAAGCAUCGUGGCAGCCGUGGACCUGGAUAUGGAUGGGCGUGUUCACGAGGCAGCAUGCCUUGCACACAUGGACCGCUGGCGCUUUUGGGUGGCCAAGCACAAUGGCUACCCCGUGGAGAUGAAGGAUCGGGUUUUACAAGCUCGAGUUUCUGGCGCCUAUGUCUCCUACUUGGGCUUGGUGGGUGCUGGCGAUAGCAUCCAAGUCAGAUCCUGGUUGAGAACAUCGACACAGGAGGGCACCAUCGUAGCAGCCUUCGAAGUGCAGGGUGGGAGAGAUGAGGGAGGUCCAAAGGCUUUGGUACUUCGAGGCUGCAUGUUUCUGAGUCUCCUUCGCCAGGAUGAGCAACUGGCCAGCAAGCUUUGA